AUGCUUAAUCCUAGAGCGAGCAGUAGUAAGCCGAAGAGGAAGAGGGCAGAGAUACAAUGCUCAAAGUUGACCAUUGGCAAAGACGAAGAGAAAGAUGUUAUGAAGGAAGAAAUUGCCUCAAAGGAUGGAAUUUUAUCUAUCCCUAUGGCCUAUUCUCCAAAGAAUGUGAGAUCUCCUGCCAUAUUUAUCCAUGACAAUGCUUCUCUGAAAAAGCGUCUUGUUAAGAAGCCAAAAUCUACCCUAAGGCUCAUGAGAACCCUAAGGCCUUCACUUGCAUCUCUGGCCCAAUCUUUUUGGAGUCUUCUAUCCAAUGCCCUUGGGGGGGAGGGGGGAGUGUUUGAGUGCCGAGAGGAUGCUUUGUGGUGGGCUCGAUCCGUGGCUCAUGAAAACGGAUUUGUGGCGGUGAUUUUAAGGUCAGACACAAACACAGGUAGUAGAGGAAGCACUACAUUUGUGUUAAUUGGCUGUGAAAUGAGUGGCGAGUAUAGGUGUAGGAAAAAAGAAUUUAUCAGAAGAGACACUGGGACUAGGAAAUGUGGGUGUCCCUUUAAGCUUCGUUGCAAGCUAGUGGUUGGAGGAGAAGGCUGGAUGGUGAAGUUGAUUUGUGGAGUGCAUAAUCAUGAAUUGGCCAAGUCAUUAGUUGGACAUCCAUAUGCGGGGCGAUUGACUAAAGUUGAAAAAACACUUAUUGCUGAUAUGACGAAGUCCAUGGUGAAGCCAAGAAACAUUAUGCUAACUUUGAAGGAACAUAAUGCCAAUAGUUGUACGACCAUUAAACAUAUAUACAAUGCAAGAAGUGCAUUCCGUUCUUCCAUAAGAGGAAGCGAUCUUGAAAUGCAACAUCUGAUGAAGCUUCUUGAACGUGAUCAGUAUAUUCAUUGGCACAGAAUAAAGGAUGAAGACGUGGUUCGUGAUAUCUUUUGGUGUCACUCUGAUUCAUUAAAGUUAGUCAAUGCAUGUAAUUUGGUGUUUUUGAUAGACAACACCUACAAAACAAACCGGUACAGACUCCCACUGCUCGAUUUUGUUGGGGUGACACCGACUGGGAUGACAUUCUCUGCCGGUUUUGCAUAUGUGGAGGGUGAACGCGUUAAUAAUUUGGUCUGGGCUUUACAACGCUUCUGA